CAUUUGCUGCUCUUAGUGCUGUUAUGUUGCGGAUAUUCUAAUGCUGCUCUCAGGGCACCUUACCGUAACUCCAUGAAAUCAUUUGCUGCUAUAAGCGCAUUUUUGUUGCAGAUAUUCUAAUGCAACCCUCAGGGCACCUUACCAUAUCUUCAUGCAAUCAUUUGCUGCUCUAAGCGCGUUUUUGUUGCAGAUAUUCUAAUGCUGCUCUCAGGGUACCUUACCGUAUCUCCAUGCAACAUUAAUUUGUUGCUCUUAGCGCAUUUUUGUUGCAGAUAUUCUAAUGCCGCCCUCAGGGCAAAUUAUGACAUUAGAUCUACAAUUCUAUACUACUUUGAAGUGGCAAAAAAUAUAUAAAGAGUAAACUAUAAGUAUGAUGUUAAUGUAGCAUCUCUUUAGGAUAAUGUAUGAUCAUUUGGGCUUUAUGUUGUAGGGAUUCCUUUAGUAUAUCUAUAAGUUCACUUAUAGUAUAUUUGCAGUACAAAAUAAAACUUAAAUCUAAACUAUUUAUGUACUCAAACUUUACUACUUUUACACUUAAAGUAUACAUAAAAGUAUACUUUUAUAUACUAAAAAGUGGGCCAAUUUAGUCCCAAGAAAUAUUGAAGUAGUACACUUUAUACCACUAGUGCAUUGGUAUUAGUAUACUUACUAUGUAAAAUAUACUUGGGAAUUAUAUUUGAACUUUACUGAAGUUUUUUGUCUUUUGUCUAGUUUGGAAAACUUGACCAACCCAAAUGAACAUCUUAGAAACACUGAAGUCCCAAGGACGUCAUCGUGAAGAUGUCCUUGGGACAGUUGGGCCAUUUAAAGUCUUUCUGGGCAGUUUGGAGGCCCUUGUAGGCCCAUCUGAACUUCCAGAUGAGGUAAUGGAUGCCCUAUUUUACAUAAUCAGCAGGAGCCAGCCUGGGACAGAGCCCAUAAAUAGCCAGGCUAUGCGCCUGAUUUUGGAAGGCAGCUCCAGGGCCAGGAGCACUUAUUUUCUAAAAAAAAACAUUCUUAAAGGAGCCAGUGCCAUCUUCGGGCCCUACUUGGUGGGAGAGUGCCACUGGACCCUCUUUCAUUGCAACUUGAAAGAGGGAACCAUUACAUACAUUGACUCAUUGGGGGAGCAUCCACAGCGUUGCUCCCAAAUCAUCGAAAAUUGGAGCUUAUUUGCUGCUAGCAGAGGCUGCCAAGGGCCCUGGAAGUUCAUAAACAGGGACCAUGACUUGCAAAAUGACUCUGUGUCAUGUGGAGUGUUCUCAAUAAUGUUUGCAGAAAUGAUCCUCCAGGGACAACAAGGUCACCUCCAAUGCCUCCCCAUCUCCCAAGAGCGGGAGAGACUUGGGAUUUUGUUGUUUAAAUCCCUUGAUAGUUCAGGCAUUUGUACAGUCUGCUACAAGAAGAUGUCAGGGAAGAAAAAGGAGACAUGCUCAUUCUGCUCUACAGAAAAGAGUCCAAAACCAGAGGCAGAAACAGUUGAGAUGGAGACUGCAGAGGCAGUUGAAGUAGCAAAAACGAAGGUGGAGUUUGUUGCAGAUACAUCAGAUGCAUUUGAAGAGGAGGAGACAGCAUCGGAGAAAAUGGAGGCAGAAACAGCUGAGAUGGAGACUGCAGAGGCAGUUGAAGUAGCAAAAACAAAGGUGGAGGUUGUUGCAGAUACAUCAGGUGCAGAGGAAGAGGAGAAAGAGGAGGCAUCGGAAAAAAAGGAUGGAUUCUAUGUGGAUAGCCUGUUGAAGGUGGCGUCUUCAAAGAAAGCUAAAAGGUUGGUAAUGCUACAGCUAGAGUUGGGUUGGGGCCCGCUCCUGAGGGCCGAAAACUCUGACUACGUGGUGGUCUCCCUCUGCCCCGAGGAGCUGGAUGAUCCGGAUGGGCUGUGUGCAAUUCCUCUAGGAGUGUGGGAUCAAGAAUAUCGUCUCUCGGGACCCACGAUCGCUCUUCCUGGCCAUAUCCUUCCCAGUUGA